AUGCAAGCCUUUAACGAUGAGAUCACAAGCCCACUCACGGAACAAAUCUUCGAUUUCUGCGAUCCACAGCUAUUUCAAGAAACCUUUAAUCAAGCUUCUGAAGUGACAUCUGCUUCAAACUGUUGUGGCUAUGUCGAAAACAGCAACAACAACAAUAACUUUCCAGACAAGUCCAACAGCGGUUCGAAUCAAGAUCAUGAAGACAGCACUAUCAACAACGACAACGCAGAUUUGUCGAUCAUAUUCGAUUCACAAGACGAUUUCGAUAACGAUAUCACAGCUUCAAUCGAUUUCUCUUCAUCAAUCCAAUUUCCUGUCUCAGAUCAACUCCAAGAUCAGUUUGAUUUCAACGGAGUUCAACUUCACCAGCCUCCGAACAUUCUCUACUCUUCCUCCUCCGGUGAUCCUCUGCCUCCGCCUUUAUCCGCUUUCGAAGAGGAUUGUCUUUCUUCCGUCCCAAGUUACAAUCUUGGCUCCCUAAACCCUACUUCUCCUUCUUGCUCUUUCUUGGGUAAUCCCGGUUUACCAGCUUACAUGGCCGUAACCGGGAAUAUGAUGAACACCGGUUUAUCCAUUGAAAGAUCCGGUUUUUACACCGGUAUCCAUUUUGGUUCUGAUUUCAAACCAUCACAUGAUCAAUUGAUGGAGAUCCAGGCUGACAACGGUGGAAUGUUCUGCACCGAUUCGAUUAAACCCAUCUUCAACCCAGUAGAUCAUCUUCAGGGUCUUGAAGGUGGCGAGAACCAGAACCAUUUGGUGGCAACACCGGUUCUUCCGCAGUUAGGAACAGAGAUAACCGGUUUAGACGACGCGAGUUUCAACAAAGUCGGCAAACUAUCCGCUGAGCAGAGGAAAGAGAAGAUUCAUAGGAAGACAUUGGCAGAUAGCCGUCCAAGAGUUAGAGGACGAUUCGCAAAGAACGAUGAGUUUUGUGAACCAAACAGACAAGCUUCUUCAAGCCAUCACGAAGACGAAGAUGAUGAUGUGGGAGUAAAGGAAGAAGAGCAGUUGGUUGAUUCUUCGGACAUAUUUUCACACAUAAGUGGUGUCAACUCUUUCAAGUGCAAUUAUCCAAUCCAGUCGUGGAUUUGA